AUGCGAAAUAAAGGAAUUCUUUCGGUGUUUCAUAAGCACUUGCAGAGAGAAGUUUUCAAUACACGCGAAUUUCAGCAAAUAGUAGACGCUAUUUCCCAUUUGGGAAGUAUGCAUGUGUUCAAAUCGCUCAUCACUCCCGCUCUGUCAGCUACGUAUAGAAGCAGCAGAGGCGCAGUGAAGGCCGGGCACACGGGAGUAAAAAUAGUCGAUGCAAUCGCAGAAGAAGCCGUCAGUAAAACUCUGAAAAUAGCAGAGAAAGUGGCAGAGCUGCCUGCUCUCAUUGCAGAGGAGGUGUUUCAUAGGACAGUUUUAAGAGCAGGCAGAGUCUUCUGGGAGGGCACUCCGUACAGAAGACAAGUCAACAUAGAGCAGCACAUUAAACCAAUGAAGAAGAUGCCUAGGACUCAGAAGGAGGCAAGCGAAUUUGUACACUCUGCGGUGGAGGUGGCUAAAUACGACGAUCUAAUCGAAAUGUAUGCACCGUAUACAUGGCAGAACAUAAAAGCAGGAUACUCCGCUGGAGAGCUGCUGGGGGUAGGAACAGUUGGUUUUGAAAGUAGAAGCAGCACAGCAACAUUCGAUGUAAGUCUGUACGAUGAGAUGAACGACAGAAUAAUAAGGAAACACAAUGUGUGGAAGCUGAAGCAAGGAAAGAGCGAAGGACCCACUGUGUACAAAGCAGAAAUAACUGACAUAUUAUAG